UGAAACUAUGCUCCGUAAAGCCGACAUUCUUGAUAUGGAUGGAGAAUUAAUGAAUGUAAAGGACCGAAAUUGUUAUUUAAUUAAAACUGGCCAGCCGAGAAGAGGAAAGGGAAGAAAAGCAGAAAUAGAAGAUGACUGUGACGAAGAUGAGGAUAAUGUAAGUAGAGAACUGGAAACCGAGAAUGGUCAAGAUGAGGUGGUGAGGGAUGAUGUCGGUAUAGAUCAACCAAGAGAGGAGGAAGUGAGGCGACCAAGAAAGCCGAAGCGAAGGGGAGCUUUUGAAGAGGAAGUACUUUCUUUGUUAAAUGAAACAAAGUCGAGGUUGACUAAUAUUGAAACAUCUAUCGAAGAGAUUAAAAGAGAACAACGAAGGUCACAUCGCCGAUGGAAGGCUUGUUUCGGCACCUUGGGAGCACAUGAUCCUUCACCUCCACAUACACCGGAGAGUUAAGAUAAGGUGGGUGGCUGAUUGCAUAGUUGGUUCUAAAUGUCUAAUUCUGGAUAUGCUGUUUUGAAGACUUGGAGGUGCAGUUUUGAAGAC